UUUUGCACAUAGAUGCACACUUCCACGCAGGAUAAAAUCUGUCAAUUCUUUGCAGGGAAACAACUGCUAGGACCUUCAGUGGUUUCUGAUAAGGCGAGUGCCCAUACACCAUCGAUUUUGUCGACCAACUCGUGCCAGCUACGCGGCGGGGCGCUGUAUCGAGCAUGCAGAAGGAAUGCCAUCCCUCAUCUCCUCCUCCGACAAGCGUAACCGAGGGACGGCGUUGUGUCAUGUGGAAAGAGACAGUUUUACUGCAAUGCUAUCUCAGUUGUUCCCGAGCUCUAAGCGAGAGUAACUGACCCGAGAGGAAGGGGGUGUUGCCGUGCUCUCGCUCUGGCACCGUCCACACGCGUUUUUUUCCGCUGCUUAAUUUGGACCAGCUUCGCAGCAGAGGAAGGAAGAGGCAGGUGCGGUUUCAUUCGCGAUUCGGUGUUCGCAGUGAGCGCCACUUUCUCCCCUCUGCAUUCUUCGGAUGGACUUUAAUUUCAGUCUCCCUCUCUCAGAAACAGCGGGGUGGACUGAAACGAUUCACAACCAGGGCAUUUAUUUCGGAUGACUCGCUCUCCUAGGAUCAGCACUGCAAUCUGGGUCUCAGUCCUGAAGAGCAACAUAUAUCUGGAGAAGAAGACUGCAGAAAGCCUGGAGAGGUGGGAGCGUGGACAUUCUGGCUGAUAUCACCCCGGAAUAAAGACACCUUUUGCAAGUUUCAGAUUUUAUGAAGGAAAGUGUAUGUGUGUUUGGCCCGACUGUAAGGAGAGAACUUCAACAUGAACACAGAUAGCGGAGGACGUGCUCGCAAAAGCACUUCACUGUCUUUCACGCUCUCCUCCAUCAAGAGGGUCCAAAGCACUCCUAACCUGCACUCAGCUGCAGGGAGUGACUCUCACUCAUCAGAUUCAGAUGCAUGGCGGUCCCGCAGUGCCACAGAUGGGAUGAGAAAUGGGGACGCAGGCAGCUCCUCUCUGGCUGCCAAAGGCUUCCGCAGCGUCCGACCCAACCUACAGGACAAGAAGUCUCCGACACCGCCUGACGGGUCCCCGUCCCGAGCGCACACCACCUCCCCCCGAGGACCCCUGUCCCCCGAGGCCGGCUCACGGCGCUCCCCCUACAGCCGUGCCAGCCAGGGCUCCCCAGACUUCCUGUCCUCGGCCCUGUCCCCGACCCCCUACGCCCCCCUGGAGCACGGUGGCCCCGUGGUGGGGGGCGGCGGCGAUUCACCGGUCACCAUCUCGGCGCUGAGCCACUACUCGUCGUCGACGGCCGUGCUGGACGAGCUGCAGAUCUGCGGGCUGGACUCGUCGCCAGGGGGCUCGGCCACACCGUCGCCCACGCUCAGCCAUGCCUCCAUCACCCCCGACGACGGCCCGGCUUUAACCGCCACCAUGGCCACCGCUGUCACAAGCGCCGCCACUAAUGGUCAAAUGGCCAUGAAUGGGAGUUCUACCCAUGCAAGCAGCCCACCAAGUGUCCCCCAGAGGCCCUUCUCUCCUCCAGCCUACCCUCCUCCUCCCCCCACACUCAGCCCAGGCAUGAUGCGGGUCCAGCAGAGCCGCAGCUCAGAAUCAUCUGAGUCUGUAAUGCGUGAGUCAGUGGUGACGGGUCAGACCACGGUCAGCAGCACAGUGCCCAUCGCUCGCUUCUCCGAGGAGGAGAAGAAGGUGUCCGUCAUCAAAGCGCCACACUACGAGGGCAUCGGCCCUGUGGAUGAGUCAGGAAUCCCCAUCGCCAUCCGAACGACAGUGGACCGGCCAAAGGACUGGUACAAGACCAUGUUCAAGCAGAUUCACAUGGUCCACAAGCCAGAUGAUGACUAUCCGGACACAUACAAUGCCACCUACACCAUUGUCAACAACGACAACUACAACCCAGUCCACGCUCACCCCCCGCCUCGCACACACACCUACCGCCCGCUGGCCAAGCCCGUUGCCGGGGACGACGGUGGCGCCCCUCUCCGGGAGCCAUCUCCCUCCCCCGUCCCCCCUCCGCCGCCACCCAUGCCUUCGCUACUGCAGCUCCGCUCGCGCGACUACGACCGGGAGCGCGACGCGCUGCACGACAUGAAUGAGUACAGUCCACCGGACAGGAAGGUGGACACUAGGAAGUACCGUGCCGAACCACGCAGCAUCUUUGAGUAUGAGCCGGGGAAGUCCUCCAUCCUGGAACAAGAGAGACCAACAUAUGGUUUAAACCCCGAUGACAUAGAUUUAGAGAACGAGCCUUGGUAUAAGUUCUUUUCCGAACUGGAGUUCGGUCGGCCGCCUCCUAAAAAACGUCUGGAUUAUAAUCCAGACAUCUCCUCCACUCGUGCCAUCAUUGAGAGCUCGCUUCACAUCUCCCACCCGGACCGCGUGCCCGAGAGGCCAUCAAGUGCUGCCAGUGACUACAGGAAGAGAAGAAAGUCGGAGCCCACGGUGAGUCAGCAGAACGCUGCUGCCGAGCAGAAUGCGUCGCAGGCCUUACCUCAGGCCCACCAGCCCAGCCGAGCCAGCACACUGAAGAAGCCCAGCGCACGCUCGUCCCCCUCAUCACCGUCCAGAGCCAAAGAUCAGACAUCGGACACUGGCCGCCAAACCCCCCAGCACAGAAGGCCCUCCCCCAACAGAGAGGUCUCCCAUAAGCAGAUGACAUUUCUCAUAUUGUCUUCUCUCCUUCAUCAGAAACAGCCUGCCAGAGCUAUUUAUGAUUUUAAGGCACAAACGGCCAAGGAGUUGUCCUUUAAGAAGGGUGAUGCUGUGAACAUCAUCAGACAGAUUGAUGGCAACUGGUAUGAGGGAGAGCACCGUGGACGCGUGGGGAUCCUCCCCAUCUCCUAUGUGGAGAAGGUGCCUGCGGUGGAGAAGCAGCCCCAGCCGGUGCGUCCUCCUCCACCCGCCCAGGUGAGAGAGAUGGGGGAGGCAGUGGCUCGCUACAACUUCAACGCUGACACCAACGUGGAGCUGUCACUCAGAAAGGGAGAGCGUGUUAUCCUGCUCAGACAGGUGGACUCCAACUGGUACGAGGGGAAGAUCCCAGCCACAGGCAAACAGGGCAUCUUCCCCAUGUCCUAUGUGGACAUCAUCAAGAGGUCUCCCUCCAAGAGCCCUGCCCACCGCUCCGACCGCCCCAGCUCCAGGAGCCACAAGAGCGCCUCCACCCUGCACUCCCCUCCCGUUCCACAGCACCCCCUGCAGGCCAUCACGGAGGAGUGGCUGUCCCUCACUGUGGGCCUCCAGGACCUCCUGUCUCCUCUCUACCCCUCCACCACCACCACCCCAGCCACCUCCGUCUGCAGCACCCCCGUGCCCCCCCUCCCGCCCCCUUUCCCCACCUGCCUGCUCCCCGGUCUGGGCUCUGUCAACCCCGCGGUCGGCGUCACUCCGCCCGCUCCACCCAAACGUGGCCUCACGCCUCCGCCUAGAAGCCACCACCACCCUCCAGCCAGGCAGGGGGUCACCUCCCCAGACUACUCCAUGUCCCCAGUCAGACAGGGGCUCACCUCCCCGGACUACCCCAUGUCCCCAGUCAGACAUGGGCUCACCUCCCCGGACUACCCCAUGUCCCCAGUCAGACAGGGGCUCACCUCACCGGACUACCCCAUGUCCCCAGUCAGACAGGGGCUCACCUCACCGGACUACCCCAUGUCCCCAGUCAGACAGGGGCUCACCUCACCGGACUACCCCAUGUCCCCAGUCAGACAGGGGCUCACCUCUCCGGGCUACCCCAUGUCCCCAGCCCCGUGCCAGAGCCCUCCUCGGGUCCUUGCCCACGGUGUGCCAGGCUCCACUCCUUCACUACAGAGUGGCAGCAGAUUGAGGGCCAUAGAGGAGAAGCCGUCAGGGCCUCCCACAGAUCAGACAGAGCCAGACUAUGCUGAGCCACCUGGCUGCCCAACUCUAGGCUCCCCCUACAGGCCAAGCAAAGCACUGCAGGUAGACACAGGCCAGGCUGGUCAUAGUGUACAGGACCCGUACGACGAGCUCCUGUCCAUGCUGCUGGACACCCAAUCAAGAUAUGAGGAUGGGGCGGGACUGUCAAAGCCAUCGCUCAGUGACACAUCCAUCAACCUCCAGAACAAACCUAAGAGUGCGGAGAGUAAAGUGGACGAGCCUUAUGGUUUAACCACACAGAGUCUCCUCUCACCUAGACCGCAGAGUACUGGUCACUCUGAGUCCGAUCUCUAUAGACAGCAGGCGGAGGACAUUCUCUCUGGCAUAUUUAACAGCCAGUCAAAGCUCAUGCAUGGCCACUCUGAGUCUAUCAAGUCAAUCAGCAGCAUUGGGGAGACAGGGCUUCCAGAGCUGUACAUACGAGAAGAGGAAGAGGAGGAGCUUGAUGAAAAGGAAUCUGACGAAAAAGACUCAAAGCCAAUCACAGACGGUUGUAGUGGACACUCAGCUAAGAGGAUCACACAGGACUCUCACCAUGGGCCUGGAGACCCGUUCCAGGCACUGUACAACUACAUGCCACGGAACGAGGACGAACUGGAGCUGAAGGAAGGAGACAUAGUGGACGUCCUGGAGAAGUGUGACGACGGCUGGUUUGUGGGAACAUCCCGAAAAAGCAAGCUUUUUGGCACCUUCCCAGGAAACUACGUGAAGCAGCUGUAAGGCUGUUUCUGACCUUCUCUGUCUGUCUGUCCAGCACAAACCUCACUACUCACCGUCUGCGUGAAGUCACGCGCCAAUCACACCUGCGUGUGUGUGUGUGUGUAUCUGUGUGUAUGUGUGUGACUGAAAACUCCUGACCUUAUGUGUAUGGGCACUGUCCACUCAAGUUAUCUUUAGCUCCAACUAGCCAUCUUUACAAGAGACAUUUUCACAGACAUUGAUUGAUUCGGGGAUUCUUUUACAUACACCAAGCUUUUGUAUCCCACCAUUGCACGACUCCCAUCUCACCCAGGAUGGCUGUCGAUCUCCCAACCCAGGCCAGUACACACGCUGUAGUCAACACAUUCUCUGAAUCUCGGAGGUGUGUGUUGUGUGUGUGUGUGUGUGUGUGUGUGUAUGUGUGUGUCCUGUGAUAUGCAAUAACAGCAGAGUGCUCCACAGGGGGAGGGGGGGCUCCGACAGCUCAGUAAAACUCACAGCAGUUGGACAAACCCUACAUCCCAGGAGGGGAAAAGGACUUCCUGGUUGUCAGCGAUCAGUCAUGCUCGCAGGAGUCCAUAGCCCACCACUGCCUACACUCUCCCAGUCUGAAAGUGUCUUCUGUGUGAGGACCGAGAGGUCCGAAGAAUGAGGAGGUGACCCGCGGGAGACAGUGGAGUGGCAAUUACAGCAGUAUUUGGAUGCAGCCCAUAGAACGACUCUCAGUGGGCUCAGUCCCAAAUCACACACUACAGGAUUCUUCAAAAGAGGAUCAGGACGCAGAGUCCAUCAUAACAGUGAAGUCCUUUCAACAAUUCCCCUCAAAGGAUUGUGCAGGUUUAGAUAAAAGCAAUGGUGUUAGGUUGAGCAUAUGUAUGUUUUAGUAUUUGCUUGUAACAAUAGUAUUUAUAGACACUUAGGUAGAAUGUAAACUAUGAAUUUUUUGCCCCAGUUAAGAUCUAUUUCAUAAACAGCUCUGAACCAUCAUUGUAUUCUAGAUAGUCAUUUUAUGAAGUACACUUGUAGAAGUGGCAAUCAAUUAUAUAUUCUGUAUUAUUUCUAAUACUUGUAUAAUGAAGUGCAUUUGAACUUCCGACUAAAAUGGAUUUCUAGAUUGAAUUCCAGCAUUUUCCGAAAUUUGUUUUGUCCUGAAUUGGGUGAACUGUCUCUGUAUAUUAUUAUUAUGAAAAAUUGGAAAAGUCUGAUGAUCCUUUUGAAUCAGAUUAUGGCGAUGUUUUGAAGAGUAUUUUGGAGUAAAGAGAGAAUUAGAGGAAGAGUAAUCAAGUAGCAGUAUUGGCAUAAACCCCACCUUACUCUCCAUGAGUUCUGAUUGACACCAGAGAAAUGGCUGUGUUAAAGACAAAUGGGAGAAACCAUCGUUUCCCACAUCUCUCUGUCCUCUCUCUUGAUCCGCACUGAUGUGGCCUACGGUUUAUACUUGCACCAUUGUUUGAAUCAUUGCAUUUCAUUGGAAUGUUUUUUUUUUUCCUGAUUUCAUGGUUACUAACUCAGUGCAGGAGUCUUCAUCUCUUAUAGCCACUGUAUUCUCUACUGCUAAUGUUUCUUCAGGCAUCACCUUGUAAUGCUAAAGACUUUGUUAAAAUACAUUCUUGUUGAGUUGCUUUCAAUCAAUAUAGACUUCAGGGCUUGUUAUUUGGUAUUUGCUAUUUGAUUCAGAUGUUGCGCUUGCUGGAGCACAAGUAGAAGUGAAGCUCAGAUAUGUGAUGCCAGUUCUCUCCAGGCGUGACACUUCUGUUGAACAACCCAGACAGUUGCUAGUACUGAGGCAGACCCAGCCUGAUCCAGCCCGGAUAUAAACCGGGUCAGGCCCGGAUAUGAGCCGGAUCUGAGUCAGAUUUGAGCCGGAUCUGGAUCUGAGUCAGUGCAAGUUUCUGUUUAGGCAGCCUUAGUGUUUUAACGAGUACAAGCCUUUGGUAUUCUUUCACCUCUCUUAAUGAAGUAGUGAAUGUGUAUGUCUGUACGUGUAUGUGUUUGUGCACUGAGUGACGCAGACAACUGAAAAAAAAAACAAAUAUAUAUAUUUUAAAAAGCACCUUAAACCACACAUUAGUUUACUUUUACAAUGCAAUUGUUUUCUCUCAUCCUCUCUUCUUUGCAUCACUCCAUCCUCUUGUGUCCCUCCUACACUGAGCUCACUGUAUUGCCUGCAGUGUUUUUUGUAUGUCUUUUUGUAUGGAACUGUAAAUCAAAGAGAUUCACUCGCUUUAUAAAGGCAUUUCUUUCUCACCCAG